GUGCAAUCUUUGGUUCCCAAGCACGCACGUUGCCUGAACAACAUCCUCUUCAAUCCAGAGCCGCCGCCCAGUACUGUAGCUGCCCACGCACAGUAGCCGCGACUGCUGUGUGUUGCGCCGAUCCGACUGAUCACUUGUUUUCAGAGAGAGCUUCAAAGAUGCUAAGCUACACCACGGCUCUUUCAGCUGCACCGGCGCUGGCAGCGGCCUGGACGUGCGGAGCUGUUCGCGCCUUGUCCUCGAGCGCUGCAAACUUGGAGGCGCUUUCUUUGGGCGACUCGGAUUCUCCGUUGCUGGUCAGGCUGCCAUCUCGUCCGUGGGGUGCUGCCGCGUCCAUCAGCAAGGCUGAAGUGCAGGCGGCUGCCGGCCCCUCACCCCCGGCGCGCAUCUCCGUGGUUCGCGACUGCUUCGCCUCCUUCGAUGCCACACAGCGCCCCCUGAGCCAGCUGCUGCGCCCCCUGAGUCCCUCCUCCGUUGCCGUGGCCGCCUCGCUGGCCUCCGCCCCCGAGGAGCGCGCCGUGGUGGACAGCUACCGACUGGCGCCCGAGGGAGACCGAUACGUGCUGGAGGCGGGGCAGCAGCAGGAGCAGGGGCAGCAGGGGGGCCCGGGUGCGGGGGGACAUGGCGGGGCGGUGGCGACCGACCUGAUCAGCUUCCUGCGCGCGCACCGCAAGCGGGUGGCGCUGGUGCCGGAUGUGGCGAGUGUGGCGGCGGAGGCGACGCCGGUGGUGGGAGCGAGGAAGUCUGUGCGGCAGUCCACCAACGAGGUGCUCAUGGUGGCGCCCACCGCAUUCGGCUUCAACGAGCAGGCGGCGCAGGACAACUCCUUCAUGCACGCAGCCAGCAAGCCGGGCGAGGGCGGCGGGCAGCUGACGAGGCAGGUGCUGCGCGAGUUCGCGGGACUGCACCACCAGCUGACGCAGGUGGCGGGAGUCAAGGUGAACCUGUACGAGCACAGCCUGGCUCACGGCACCCCGGACGCCUGCUUCCCCAACAACUGGUUCUCCACGCACCCCGCGGGCGAGGCGGCGGGCGGGGUGGCGGCGCCCACGCUGGUGUUCUACCCCAUGAAGUGCCCCAACAGGGCGGCGGAGAGGCGGGAGGACAUCAUCAAGGUCCUCCGCGGCAAGGGCUACAGCCAGGUGUACGACAUGGCAGCCGCACAUGAGGCCAACAAGAAGUACUUUGAGGGGACGGGUGUGUUGGUGAUCGACCGCAUCAACGGAGUGGUCUACGUGGACAUCAGCGAGCGGGCGGACCGGGGACUGGCGGAGGAGUGGACGCAGCGCAUGGGGUACAAGGAGCUGGUGGCGUUCAGGUCCACCGACCUGCGCGGCAAGUCGGUGUACCACACCAACGUGAUGAUGGCGGUGGGCACGGGGGUGGCCAUCGUGUGUGCCGACAGCGUGGCGGACGACAAGGAGCGGCAGCACCUGCUGUCCUCCCUGCGCCGCACGCACGAGGUGGUGGAGAUCUCGCUAGCCCAGAUGGACGCGCUGUGCGGCAACGCGCUGGAGCUGGAGGACGGCCGGGGACUGCCCGUCAUGGCAAUGAGCACGCAGGCUUACAACGCCUUCACCCCCGACCAGCGGCGGGUGCUGCGGCGCCACGUGGCGGACAUCAUCCACGCGCCCAUUGACACGCUGGAGCGGGUGGGUGGAGGCGGCGUGCGGUGCACGCUGGCGGAGAUCUUCUGAGGCGGGGGAGAGGCG